AUGACUAUUACUAUCAAUAAACAAAAUUCAAACGGCACCGCACCGGUUCCACCAAUUUUCGAGCCUGCACUACUACAAGAUUAUCUUAGCAAACUUUUAUCUUUACUUCUAAGAGCUGAAGAAAAUGAUUUAAAAAAUACUUUAUGGAAUUUGCCUGAAACUCUUGAAAAGCUUGGGAAAUUUGCAAACGAUCCUGAAGUUAAUGCUAUAUACAUUACAAAAGAAAAAAUUGAAAAUAAAGAUCAAAAUGAUCAAGCCAUAUCUUAUUCUUAUACUUUAUCUCAAAAUCUUGCUUAUUAUUCGAAUCACGUCGCUUCCGUUGUAAUAAUAAAAUAUAUUCCAAAUUUGGAUCCCAUAAUGCCAAUUCAAACUCAAGUACAAAUUUUAAGUUUGCCUGGUCCUGCUCCAAGUGAAUCUGGAUCAGUUGCUGUAAAUCCAUAUGAUGCAAUUCAUUCAUAUAUCCAUUUAGCCAUUGCUCCUUAUUUCGAUGCAUAUGUUAAUAAUGCAAAAGAUACUAGCACUAUUGGCAAGAAAUAUGAUGAUUCUAAAAUGGGAAUUCCAAUGACUAAAAAGAAGAUUGCCGAAUUGGAAUUGUGUUUACUUCAUUUGCAAGAAAAGGUCGCAAUACCUAAAGCUUUGUUAAAUAUUCAUCCUAUAGUUCAAAAAAUUGUCGAGAAGUGUAAACAAGAAGGAACAAGAAUCACUGUUAAUGCAAUUGACCCACAGCUUUUAAACGAAUCUACUUUCCUAAAUGAACUUCAAGCGGGUGUAAAUGAUUGGGUAAAAGAAAUUCAGAAAGUCACUAAGCUAACACGCGAUCACUCUAGUGAAACUGCUGCACAAGAAAUUAACUUUUGGUUAAGUAUGGAAGCUGCUUUGGAUGGUAUCAAUAACAAUUUGGAAAAUGAUCAAAUUGUAUUGACUUUGGAUAUUUUAAGAUCCGGAAAAAGAUUUCAUGCAACUGUAUCUUUUAUGGCCGAUACUGGCUUGAAAGAAGCCACUGAAACAGCCCGGAGGUACAAUAUACUUAUGAAAGAUUUUCCGCUUAAUGAAUUAUUAUCUGCGCCUGGUAUUAACGAAAUAAAAGAAGCAAUAAUAUUAAUUUUUGGUCAUUUCAGUAGAAAGUUGAAAUUAUCUCCAUAUCCGAUCAAGAAAGCUUUACCGCUUGCUGAAGCUAUUUCACGUGAUUUAAAUGAACAAUUACUUAAAGUGCUGGGUAAUAGACGAUUGAUGUAUAUGGGUUAUGAAGAGUUCGAGAAAGUGAUAUCUUGUGCUGAAGAUGUGUUCAAGGCGUGGGACGAGUGUAUUAAAGAAUUCACUAAUGUGGCUCGUGAUGUGACCAGGAAAAGAAGCGAGAAAUUCAUACCAAUAAAAGUCAUUCCUGCUCAUGACAAAUUACAAGAACGUAUCAACUUUGUAAGAACUUUUAGAAAGAAUCAUGAACAACUACAUCAAACCGUUCUAAAGCUUAUGACUCAACCAAAAAUAGUUCUAAAAAAAAUUGUUGUUGAAAGUGAAAAAGAUAAUGAUAUCGAUGCUUUGGAAGAAAUUAGAUUGGCUUACGAAAAUGUCAAAGAUAUUAAUGUGUUGGAUGUUUCACUUACGGGUACAGAGAUUUUGAUGCAUGCUGAGAAUGCUUAUAACGAAUGUGUUUUUCGUAUUGAAAAUGAAAUUAUUCCAAGUUUGAAAGAUCGACUUGCAAAUGACAAAUAUCCUGAUUCUUUACCGAUUAUAUUUGAUGGACUUCAAGAAUAUAUACAAAUACCCGAGCCAGCAAUGGAUAUGGGCGUUGAAUCAAAAUUUGAAGAAAUUAAAAAAAAUUUUAAAAAUGAAUUGAAUGAUAUCAGAAAUGAAAUUAAAGAUGAAAUUAAAGAUGAACUCAAAAAUGAACUCAAAAAUGGAUUAAAUGAGUUUAAAAAUGACCUUACAUAUUGCCAAUAUUUCUAUAAAGAUAUCUAG